AAAUUUUGACAGGUGGGCGGGACUUCUGGUGGCUGGGACACGUAGGUGUUUCCCUUGUACUGUAUACAUGUUAUUGUUCAAUAAAGAUUGCUAUAGAAACAGCUCUUUGUACCCGGAAGAAAAAAACAUAAUAAGAAGCGAUUCUAUCAACAGACAAGAAGAUGGGUCAGAAAAACGUCCAGCAAGAUAUCGGGGACCAGUUUAAUGAUGUGAUCUCCAGACUGCAGUCAAAGCAGUUGUUCCAGUCUGACUGGGACAUUGCUUCUUUUGCUGUCUUCUUCAUCUUCAUUGGUGUGAUUCUCACUCUGGUCAUCCUGGUCCUCAUCCGCUGCUGGUGCUGCUGCUGUUGUGAUGAUGAAAAGCCCCGCAGAAGAAAGGUGGGCAUAGAGAACUAUGGUCUGGAACCCUGAUUGCUGAUCCAGUCCAGCUGUUGGAGAUUGAGCAGAACCUUCUAACCCUUUUCCUUUGCCAAAACACACGCUUUACCUCUCGAGUCACCGAACUGGAAUCAAACUGCUUCAUUUACUUUAGAAAAAAUGUUUGUCCUGCACAAUACUGUUUGCUAGCCUAUGGAAAGGUAGCACAUGUGAUCUUUUUUCCAGUUAACUCUUCAUGGAUUUUAUUGCCAGAACAGCUGGGAGCUAUCAACUGUCUGAUGUUUUAGAUCUGUGUAGAUUUGUAAAAAUGUUUCUUUGUUAGUAUGCUAAAAUGAUUUUAUUUAAAUCAGAGUUUUAGUGAGUAAUAAAACAGUUCACUGUG